AUGGAAGAAAAAGAUAGAGAAUUCAAGAAAGCUAAAACCAUCAGAACUGACUUCAGUAAUGACGUCGAUGAAGUACAAUCCUGGAUCAAGGACGCCGAGCUCCAAAUACAAGACAGAUCCAUCGAGCCCAAGUAUUACACCAACAUCUCCAACAAAUUCAAUCAGAAUUCGCAAGCAUCAACGACAGGCUUGACAAACUCACAAGAAAUGGAAGGAUUAUUAUCCAGAAGACUAAAGACGACGAAGAAAAAGAAAUCACCCAAUCGACAAUUAAUAAUUUGACUGAACAAUUGUCGCACAUUAAAUCGUUGUUGGACGAAAGAAAGCAACAAGUUGGUGAAACAUUGGAUGCUUGGCAGAGGUUCUUGAUGUUAUACCAGGCUGUGAUGCAGUGGGUAGCUGAGAAGAAGGUCUUCCUCAAGGAUCCACUUCGUCUGAGUACUUUGACUGAAGCUAAACAAAAAUUACAUGAAUAUUCGAAUGCCGUGAAGAGCUGCAAAGGUGCUACCAAAAAUUUGAGUGAUAUGGCCAAAGAAUUAGAAAACAUCGGCAAUGUUACCAGCGUGGGCGACCUUCCGCAGAAGAUGGAAGAAGCCGAAGAAGCCAAGGCCGAAGUUGAAGCAAUUAUUCUAAAGAGGAACGGAUUACUACAAGAAACAUCCGAAGAAUGGGAACAGUGCGAGAAAAAGAUAAAGGAUGUUAAGAGCUGGAUAGAAAAGACUAAGACAGCUUUAGACUCGCCGCAAAACAAGAAAAAACCACUUAGGGACCAACACGGAAUUAGAGAAAAAAUGUUAGCCGACAUCCAUAUUCAGAAAACCAAAAUAUCGCUGUCAGUAGAAAAAUUACAGGUCCAUUUCCGUUCCGGUAUAGAAAGUGACUCAAAGGUCACCGAAUCCGCCGAAGAACUGCUAGUCGAACUCGACCAGCUCGCCCAGGUCAUAAAAACUCAAAGUACAGAACUAGAAACCGCCAUUGCCCAAGUAGACAACUACCAACAAGAAGUUCAACAACUACGCCAACAAAUCGUCCAAGUUGAACAACAACUAAGAACAACAAUGGCGCCCAAUUAUCUUCCCCAUGACAGAGAUCAAGCACUCCGCGACCAACAGGCGCGGAUCGAAGCGAACCGGCAGGAGAUCUCCACGCUCGUCACCAAAAUCCAACAAGUGGAUCCUUACUCCACACAACCCCACCCUGAAUACUCCCUUCUCGGAGUAUCGUACGCUGAUAUCGCAGCCGGACGCUCUAAAUCGCAAGAACGUCGAUCAGCUUCACCCGCCUACGAAAAACACGAUACCGAAUCUAUGCAUUUGGAGAGAAACCUAACUGUACUUCUCCCUGAGCCAAAAGAUGUAGAACCGCCUGUUCAGCUGGAAGUAAAAAGUGAAAUUAAAGCACCCCUUGAAAAUAUUCCUCAAAUUUUAGAACCAGAAGUUACAAAACAACCCGAAAUUCAACGUAAACCAAAGUCUGCACGACGUAGUCGUUCCCCCAGGCCAAGAAAUUUACCAAACAAAGCCAAAGUUCAACCUGACCGUUCUGUUACUUUAACUCAUACCACCAUUGUUAAAACAGAACUGACAGAACCUAUAGUAGUUACAGAAUUAAUAGAAGAAAGAGUAGAUGAAUCUGUAGAUCAUUCUGAUGAUACUGAAUCUGGUCAUUUAUCAGUCCAACAAAGGAUAAGAGGUAGAUCUCCUAGUCCUAUGUGGGCACCUGGAAAUACCACUUACGCUGAAAUCUUACGAGGCCAAUUCAGAACAUCUGAAGAAAGAGAAAUGUUUCUUCAGGAUGAAAGAAAUAAACAAGUAUAUCAGGAAUUAGAAGAGCAAGCUAUUGCGCACAUUAAAAAACCUGUAGAUGUAGAACCACAAGCCGAACUUGAGUUCGAAGUUCCUGAUGUACAAGAUAACUUUAACAAUAUAACUGAAGAUAAUUAUGCAGUGCCUUCUUUUAUCCAAGACUGGACUCAGUACCAUCAACAAGAGUAUUCUGUACCUUCGCAACUAGAGCAGCAUUAUUACGCUCAAAAUAUAAAUGUGCCUGUUGUGGACUACAUGCAGCCUACUCCAGAAAUGGUAAAUUUAAUGGCCUCAAAUCAACAAAUUCUAAAUACGCCUGUAGAAACUUACCAAAGUUCCAAUACUUAUCAUAUUCCUUAUCAAGAUGGUGCUUACGAGGACACGAGGUACUCGGAGGAAACUUAUUCUAGUCAGUCUAUUCCUACGAGUGUCGUACCUCCUCCAACUGAACCAAUGGUGGUAGAAAAUAUAGUGCCUAUAAAAGAUAACGAAAAAGUCGAAGAAGUGUCUCGUGAACCACUAACACAAACGUCACAACCGGAUGUUACUGGUUCGCAUUUCUCGUACGCUCAAAUUUUGUCUCAGGGACUAAGCGGCAAAUCUCUCCAGCCAUCCAGUAUAGCAACAGUGCAACCUUCGAACGCUCGACAAGCCCCCAGACUAAAAUCUCCCGUGCCUGGGUAUUCCACGCAUGCGGAAGAUACGAAGUCUAAAUCGAGGGAGCACAAAACGCGCAAAUCUUUGAAGGAUAGGUCUCUUAAAGAAGAGAAAUUCCUCAAUGUUGCUUAUAAGCAACAUACAGAAACAUUAAAUGAAGUAACCUUCGAACAUGAUCAGCUGCCUUCUUACCAUGGAGAGCCUACCAAUGUAGGAGGUCAAGAAGCAACUGAUAUUUCCUCCACACAAGACUUAAAACUUAGUGAUAGUGAUGUUUCUCCUAUUAUAGAUAUACAUAAGACUAAUAAUAAGUAUAAGAAAACUAAACCUUUAGAUGAGUCACAUACUAAACAGAUAACUGUUACCAAAACAAAAACAAAAACCGUUAAAGAACCGCACAAAGAAAUUACAAUCGUAGAAACCAAAAUAACCACCACGUCUAAAUUAGAACCAACUGACAAAUCCUCAGUAGAUGAAUCCCACGAUAGUGAAGAUGUAAGCAUUGUAACAAAAGACAAAAAAUCAAAACACAAACGGAAACCAAAGCAUCCCAGACCGAACGAAAAUAAGGCCGCUUUUGUUAUUGAAGAGUUUAUUAGACACAUAUCUGACGAAGAAACAGAAGAUAGAAAUGAUAAUCCUCCACAACGCCAACGUAAACCCAAAACGAAUAAGCCAAAAACUCAAAUAAAACACUCAGAAGAGUUUAUAAAUCAAGAGCAACUCCAAACUAGCAAACUUGAGCUUGAACAGACCUCAACUAUUGAUACUAGUAGUUCUGCUUUCAUCGAAUCUGAAAAAGCAAGCAACGAAUUAGAUGUAGAUCAGCCCAUAGAAAAAAAUAAAAAGAAGAAACAGAAAAACAAACCUCAGCUUCAAGAAAACGCGACACCAGAAGCAGUUAUAAAUGAAGAACAAAUUCAAACUAAAACACUUGACCCUAAAGAGACUCCAAAUAUUAAGAUCAGUCCGUCAGCGUUCAUUGAAUCAGAAAAAGAAAACAGCGAAAAAGAUCAAUUAAAUGUAGAUCAGCCCACAGAGAAAUCUAAAACGAAGAAACACAAAAACAAACCUCAGCCUCAAGCACCAGAAGCAGUAAAAACAAAGAAAGAAAUCGUUGUUUUAGAAACCACUACUUCCCAAACAACCACAGAAAUAGAUGUAUCUAAAUCUCAUUUAACUAAAGACGCCAAAGUUACAGAAUCUUCUAUUACCGAGAUCGACACGAAACACAUAGUUGGUACCGAAUCACCAGAAUCAGUCAAGCCUACCGAUGAAGAUAGCAACAAAAAAUCCAAAAAGAAGAAACACAAGAAACCUCAGCCUGAUCAAGACACACAAACUGAUCAACAUGAAGUGCCUUUAAAAGAAGCUGAGUUAGCCGUAACGGAAACAACUGUAACAGAAAAAGCAGAAGAUACAGUUGAAGACCCAAUAAUUAAGCCUAAAAGAAAGAAGAAUAAGAAGGUUCAGCCAAAAACUGAAGAGCCUGAGAAAGAAAUGGCUAGUCAAGAAACGCCACAGCUGGUCAAGUCUGUUAAAUCUGUAGAUGUUUUAACCGAAGUUGAGCAACCUCAACCCAAAGACACAAUCAUCAAUACAAGUCAUACGGAAGCUACUUUAAAUGCGCCAACUACCAAGAAACCAAAGAAAACGCCUGUCACUUCUGAAAGAUUCAUCGAAAAUGAAAAGACACAUAGUAAUUUAGAUCUUGUUGAAGUCGGCAGUGAACAAAAUCUUCAACCCGAUGUAAAUUAUGUAACCACACAAUUCAUUACCACCGAGAUUCAGGUAGAAGACAACUAUGUAGUUACUAAGAAUGUUACAGAAAGAAAAGUUGAUGAUACAUCUGAAGACAAAACAACUACCGAAUAUUCUAAUAUUGCACCCGAAGGAUCUUCUAGAGAUACAAUGCAAGAUACCUUGAAUGAACCCACUAAGAAAUCUAAAAAGAAAAAAGAUAAGAAGGUGCCUCAUAUAAGUGAAACUUCAAAACCUGUAGAUAUUGUCACUGUUGAUAGUAAAUCUCCAGAAAUAUUAGACAGUGCUCAAGAAAGUUUAUCUGUACAAGAAUCUAAAGAUGUAACAGAAGUAACAGAAUCCGUAGCAACAGUUAAACCUGUUGAUGCUGUUAUUGUCGAUAGUAAAUCUCUAGAAAUAUUAGAAAAUGACCAGAAAGCUCUAGAUGAACCUGUAAAAGAAGCUAGUAGUAAGCAAGACGUACCAGUUGAUAGUACUACUACAGAACAUCUUACAAUUUCCACAGAAAUUGUAAAACCUGUUGAUACCGUUACUGUUGACAUUAAACCUGCAGAAAUCUUGGAAGAUGCUCAAAAAACUUUAGAUAAACCUGUACAAAAAUCUAACAAGAAAAAAGAUAAAAAGAAAGACGUACCAGUUGAUACUUCUAUAACAGAACAACUUAAAAUCUCCACAGAAAUUGUAGAACCUGUUGAUACCGUUACUAUUGACAUUAAACCUGCAGAAAUCUUGGAAGAUGCCCAGAAAACUUUAGAUAAACCUGUACAAAAAUCUAACAAGAAAAAAGAUAAAAAGAAAGACGUAUCAGUUGAUACUUCUAUAACAGAACAACUUAAAAUCUCCACAGAAAUUGUAGAACCUGUUGAUACCGUUACUAUCGACAUUAAACCUGCAGAAAUCUUGGAAGAUGCUCAGAAAACUUUAGAUAAACCUGUACAAAAAUCUAACAAGAAAAAAGAUAAAAAGAAAGACGUACCAGUUGAUACUUCUAUAACAGAACAACUUAAAAUCUCCACAGAAAUUGUAAAACCUAUUGAUACCGUUAUUGUCGACAACAAAUCUGCAGAAACCUUGGAGAAUGCUAAGGAAAAAUUAGAUAAACCUGUAGAAAAAUCUAGCAAGAAAAAAGGUAAAAAGAAAGACGUACCUGUUGAUACAUCUUCUACAGAAAAACCAGAAGAGAACCUAAAAGUAGUUCAAACUGUUGAUACAGUCAUCGUCGACAGUCAACUUCCAGAACUCUUAGACGUUCAGGAAACUUCAGAUAAAUCUGUACCAAAAGAGGAUAAAAAGGAAGAAGUAUUACUUAAGUCUUCCACUACAGAACAAAUAACAGAAUCCCUAGAGAUACCCAAAUCUCUUGACACUGGUAUUGUUGACAAUAAAUCUUUGGAAGUUUUGGAAACCAAAGACGAACCUGUUAAAAGAUCUAAGAGAAAGAAGGAUAAAAAGAAAUCAGACGUACUAGUUAAAACGACCAUAGUACAGGAAAUAGAAUUCAUUCCAAUAACAGAAUCUGCAGAAACUGUUAAAGAAGACAGUACUCCUUUAGAACCCAUAGUGGUAGAUCAUAUUGAAUUACCUUCAGUCGAUACCCCUACUACAAGAGAAUCGCUAGAGGUAGUUACUAUUGUCACCCACCAACACGAAGUUAAACAAGCUGAAAAUAUUGAAACUUCGACUACAAAUAUCCAAGAAAUUGUAGAUGAGUCUGUUGCAGAAACUAGGGAUCAAGAAAGUCAGAAAAUUCUGGAGAGCGAUAUCAUAGUUGAAUCUUCACUUGAAAGAGAAAUACUUCCAAACUCUGAAUCUGUUGAUUUGAAAUCUCCUAGCACUAAAGUAGAAGAAUCUAUCAGUAAACCUAGUAAGAAAUCGAAUAAGAAAAAGGAUAAAAGUAAACAUAACAUCGAUGCUGAUGAAGCAACUAAAACUUCUAUCACGGAACAAGUAACUGAAUCUUUGCUUGUCGUAGAAUCUAUCGAUGAAACUAAUAAAGCAGACAUUGUAAAACAAGAUGAACAAACUACUGAAUUAAUUCAAUCAGUGACUGAUAUCAUUAAAGAUUCAGAAGUUCAGAAUACUUUGGAUGAACCUAACAAAAAGUCUAAAAAGAAAAAAGGCAAGAAAAAACCUGAAAUUAUUGAAAAAACUGAAAUUUCUACUAAAGAGGAAAUAACAAAACCACUGGAGCUGAAAACAACAACUAAUAUUAUUGAGACGAAACCUGUUGAAACUAAUGAAACUCUAGAAGUAAACGGUAAAGUAGAAUCUUUACCUACAGAUGCAUUAAACAUAAUAAGCAAUCAAAUAAAUGCACUUUCUACUUUCAUAACAGAAAAAACUCAAACUACUCAAUCCCAAACAGUUGUUACAGAAGUGUUACCUACAAGUGAAGUAAAACCAACUGAAAUAGCUGUAGUAGAAUCUGAUAAAAAGUCAAAAAAUAAAAAACAGAAGAAGAAACAUCCGCAGAACAAGCAGGACAAAGUUUCUGAAGUUAAUAAAGCUGAUGAAAAUUUGCACACUACUAUAACUUCUACUUUGACCGAAAUUGAGACUUCAAGUUCCUUAGAAAAGGAUCAAAAACCAAAAGAUCAAUCCACAAUUGACGAAAAUAAAGAAAAUAUUAUUUUGGAAGCCGACAUAACACUUGAAAAUACAAGAGCUGAGAAACAACCAACAGUGAACUUAAACAAAGUUGUUUCCCAAACUACAGAAUCAUUUUUAGUAAAUGAAAAACGUAACAAUAACGACAUAAUUCCUACAAACGUUGCUAAUAAAGAUAAAGACGAAGAAAAGGCCUUAAUAACACAAUAUUUAAGAGACGGUUCGUCUGAUUUUAUCGAAUCUGUCAUAACAAACGCAGUAACAAAAGUUACAGAACUGUCUAAAACUGAAAAGACCGUAAAAACUACGACAAGUAGUCAAAUAUUUAUAGACUCACAAAAAUCUACACAUCAGAUAAAAGAAGAUGAUAAAUCUCAAAAUACUGUUGUUAUCAAAGAAACUGUAGUAACUGGUGAACCAAAAGAUACCACAAAAAUCGUAUUUAUUACUCAUGAAGAAGUAAGAAUGAAACCGGUAGUAACACUAAAAAUGGAGUUUGUUGGGGAACCUGUUGUUGAAGAAAUACAUCAUAUUGAGAAAGGAUUGUGUGAUGAAGAAACGAAAGAUACUAUAGAUGCAGUACUACAAGAAACUUCUGUGGAAGAACAGCUGUUAACUAGAAACGAAGAAAAAAUUGUUCAAAAAGUAGAAGAACGUCAACAAAUAACAGAUAAUGUAGAAAAAGUGACAGAUGACACUAGUGAGAAGUAUGAUAUUGAAAUUGAACAAGUAAUCUUUGGAUCGGUUAAAGAACGGCCAAGUCAAAAAGCUAUUAGGAUAGCAAGAGAAGAGAAAGAGAAUAAAGAAAAAACUGAAGAUGAUGACAAUAUUCGUACAAAUAAAAAACGUCAGGCCUUACCUUUGGACGUACUCUUAGACACAACUGACAUAAAAUCUCCUGACAUUAUUGAACAGAUUGAACCGUCACUGUCAAGAACAGAUUCAGUCAUCGAAACCGAAAUUACAACUUUCGAAAAUAUAAUGGAAGUUUUGGAUUCCAGACAGUCUAAAAAAGUAUCUGCUACAUUAACAGAAGAUCAAAAAAUCCAGAAACCUAGUGAGUCACAUGACAUUUUACAAGAUGUAACUGUAAGUAAAACAGAAACUGUUUUUAUUUCAGAUGAAGAAUUAGUUGAGAGAGAUAUUGAAGAAGCUGAUAGUUCAGACAUUGUUACAAUUUCCGAAUUGGGCGAAACAGAAAAGAAACACAUACAAGAUACUCUCAGAACUGAAAGUGCAGUUGACGAUUUUAUAGUUCAAGAAAUUAAACAUAGUGAUGUAGCAGAAGAACAAGUUACGUCUACUGAACAACAGGUAUUAGAUAUAACAGAACCAUCCCAAAACACUGAAGAUAUUCUUUUGCAGCUCAAGCAAGAAACAUUAUCCAAGUACAAGCCUGACCUAUCUAGUAUACCUGAUAGAAAAGUAAAACCCCAUUCCACUUGGUCAACAAUAACUACCACUGUAACUGAAUCUACUGUAAUUAGCGAAGAAGCAAACACAGAUAAAACUACACAGGAGACACGUAUUACAAAUGACGCAAUUCAAGAAGAAACUGAAAAGCCUAUUAGUAAAAAACCUGUAACUACAGUUCAAAUUAAAGAACAAGAAUUGAUAGUUGAAGAACCAACUAGGGAAACCAGUAUUGAAAGUAAAGAGGCAGAAAUUUCUGAUAAAAUCCCAGAACUUAAUUCAUCAAGUGUCUUUAUAAAGGUUGAGAAAGAUUAUUUCCAGAAUCUACCUUCGAUACCAAUGUCACCAGAGAAACCUUUGCCAGAAAUAUCUUAUCUAGAAGCGACAGUAACUACAAGUGCUCCUCAAACCAUCAAAAUUGUAGAAAAACCACAAGACGAUUUACAAGAUAUUCUUACUACUCUUAAAACUGAAACAAUUCAAAAGUAUCAACAAGAAGUUCAAAAAGAGAUUACAGAAACUGUUUCCAAGAACAAGAACGAGAAAGAAAAGGAAGUAACUGUUUCUAAGAAUGAAAAAGUUGAAGCUAAAAAGAAAAAGAAGAAAGAUAAGAAAAGAAAAUCUGUAACAUUUGAAGAAACUCCUCAAAUAAUAAAUAUUGAAGACCAACAUCCUUACAUAGAAGAAACACAAGCUUCGACACCAGAUGAUGAUUCUGAGAGUGCCGAAGAAUUCGUUUUUGUUUCUGCGAUAGAACGAGAAGAAAAAGACAAAGGACGCGAAGAAAAGCAUAUUGAUGAAAUCGUACAAACCUUUGAAGUUAUUCAUAAUACUAGAGUCUCAGAAAACUCUAAUACUGAGCAUGUUAGUAUCAAUCAACAAGAAAUUACUGAAUCAGUAGAAGAUAAAAAAUCCAAAAAGAAAAAAUCUAAAAAGCCUAAACAUGAGCCAAAACCUGAAGAUAUUGGUUCUCUUCAGGAGCAAACACCUGCAAAAGUACAAGAACAUCAGGUAAAGAUUAAUGUAAAUGCAACUUUCAUUACAGAAGAAAUAAACAAUUCAUUACUGCCAGAAAUUCCGAAAAUAACUGACGAACAAGAAGAUUUGCCAGAUAAAAUUGAAAUACCAGAUGAACAACCCAAAACGAAUCACAAAGAGAAGUCUAAAAAACAGAAAACUGUGGAAAUUAAAGCUGUGCCUGAAGAAACAUUUACUGUUAGUGAAAAACCAGCGUCGCAAGAUGGGCCUAAAGCUAAAAAGAAAUCUAAGAAUAAACAGGCUAAACACGAAGAUGUAGCACACAUAGAACUAUCUAAGAAUGAAGCAGUAAACGAAAAAGCACCUCAGGCAAUUAUACAAGAAGUAAAAACUAUAAGUGAGACUGUUAUAUCAACAGAUAUAUCUAACGAAAUAGAAAAACAAGUAAACAGAACUGAAUUACUUAAAGAAGUAGAAAGAAAAGAACCUAAAACGCCUGAAUCACUUACACAGGAAAUUAAAACAAUAACCGAGACUGUUACAUCAACAGUCUCUACCACAAAAUCUAAUGAUAAAGAAACAUUUGAAUUAGUGAAAGAGGUAGAACAAGAACUGCCAAUAGAAGUUGUUGCAACUGAAAUUAAACCUACUUCUGCUGUACAAAUAGAAGAACAAAAACCUAGUACAGAAAAGAUAGUGUUAGAUCUUAAUGUAGAACAGACAAUUAAAGUGGACGAAGAUUUAGAAAGGUUAGAUUUUAGUGCUAAACCAAGGAGGAAAAAACAGAAGAAAAAAAUAGCUAUAGUGGAAGAAACUCCUGAUAAACAAGAACCUGUGGAAUCAAAGAAUAAACAAACUGAACACGAAGAAGAAGUACCCACAGAAUUAUCUAAGAAUGAAACACCCAAAACGGUAAUUGAAGAAAAAAUACCUCAGGCAAUUACACAAGAAGUAAAAACAAUAACUGAGACUGUUAUAUCAACAGGUAUAUCUAAUGAAAUAGAAGAACAAGUGAACAGAACUGAAUUAGUUAAAGAGGUAGAACAAGAACUACCAAUAGAAGUUGUUUCGACUGAAAUUAAACCUACUUCUGCAGUACAAAUAGAAGAACAAACACCGACAACUGAAAAAGUAUUAUUAGACCGUAAUGUAGAACAGACAACUAAAGUGGACGAAGAUUUAGAAAGUUUAGAUCUUAGUGCUAAACCAAGGAGGAAAAAACAAAAGAAAAAAAUAGCUGUAGUGGAAGAAACUCUUGAUAAACAAGAACCUCAGGUUGUUCAUAAACCAGUUGAACUCAUCGACACAACACAUGUUCAGGAAGCAGGUGUUUCCUAUGCUACAAUCGUUAAGGCAAAUGUUACUGAAACCCAAACAGUGACAGAAGAACAGAAAGUUGAUGAAGAAACAACAUUACAGCAUGUUAAAGAAAAUGUUCAAUAUCCUGACUCAGAGGACAGUACUACUUCCGAAAUGAAAAAACCAAAGAAGAGAAAGCAUAAAAAGAAACAUCCCCAAGUGUCUGAACCAGAAGAACAAAUCGUUGAGGAAGUUCAUACAGUACCAGAAACAAAGAAAACAGAAGUAUCUGAUAAAACUAAAGAAGAAUCAGUGAUCUUAACAAACAAACCUUCUUGGGCUAGUAUCGUAAGUUCAAACUUGGAACCAAAACCUCAAUAUCUCGAACCUGUUGAAAUCAAACCUAAACCUGUACCAGAAUAUAUUUUGGAACCUUCAAAGGAAACUACAGUUCUUUCUGAUGCAAGUGAAUCACAUCCCGAUGAAAAGAAACACAAGAAGAAAAAACACAAGAAAAAGCAUGUAUCUGAAGAAAUUCAUAAACCAGCAUUUACAGUCACAGAAGAAAUAAAACACAUAUCAGAUACAGAGACCGAAACUAUCAUAGAACCAGUAACUAAACCAGAAGGCGUUGAUGAUAUCGAAAAACAAGACGUUACUCAUAAAAAGAAAAAGAAGAAAAACAAAAAGCAUCAACAAGAAGUUGUAGAAUCAAAACCAGAAGAGCAAAAAGUUAUUGUUGGACAGAAAGAUGCAGCAGAUAUAAUUGUUACAGAAUCAGUUACUACGGAAACAGUAAUUACUGUCGACAAAAAACAAGAAACGAUAGAAAAGAAUGAACUUACUAAAACAGAAAGCUCAGAAAAGUCACCAGAUUUAGUUGUACUUAUUAAUACCAAUGUCGAAGAACCAAGAACAACCGUAGAAAAAGAAAUUAAGUCGGUUAAAACCGAAACAACUACCACGAAAUCUGAUACCGACAUUUUAGAACCUGCAAAAGUUAAAAAAGAUUACAAAGGUCUUCCUAUUGAUGAGUCUACAAAUCUCUUUAUCGACAUUUUGGAUGAACCAAUUGUUUUAUCUGAUGAAGAACAAGAAAUCAGUAAAGAACCAUUUGAAAUCGUUGAACAACCAAAAGCAACCGACGUUGUGACAGUAUUUCUUGAUGCAGAAAAGUCUUCAAAUCUAGACGAACCUUUGAAAGUUGAACCAAAAAUCAGUAAACCACUAGUAACAAAGACUACUGAACGAGCAAUAACUGAAAGCAUUCAAAAGACACCAGAAAUACAAACCCAAGAAAUAAGUUCCGUAAAAGUAGAAUAUAAAGGUCUUCCUGUAGAUGAAACAUCUACACUUUUCAUGGAUUUAUUAGACGAACCUAUUAUUCUCUCGGACGAAGAGGACUCUUCAUCGAAACCAAUACCAGAGCAGAGCGAAAAAGAACCUGAAGUAAUGAAAGAUGCAAAACCAAAGGAAGACAAACUUUCAACUGUAACUUCUACAGAUUCAAAAGACACUCAAGUUGCUGAAAUAAAAUCAACAAAAACUGAGUAUAAAGGUUUACCUGUUGACGAAUCAACGAAUCUCUUUAUAGACAUUUUGGAUGAACCUAUGGUAUUUUCAGAUGAAGAAGAACCACUUGUUGUAGAAAACAAAGAAAGCGAGGUUCCUAAAUGUACUGAAGAUAUAGUAACUGUGGAAAAGAAAGAAAUUACCGAGCUAAAAAAUCUCAAUGAGAAAACAACUGAGAAAGCAGAUGUCCAAGUUACAGAAGUAACUACAACAUCUAGUGAAUAUGGUGACUAUAUUCUGGUAUCACAACAAAAAUCUGUAACACAAGAAUUUUUAGAUGUAGAAAAGUCUGAAACUUUGAAAAACAUUGAAGUAAUCCCAGAAAAAUUAGAAAUAAGUACAUCAGAGCCGAAGAAGGUAGAAACUCUUAUUGAGAAGGUCGAGUAUAAGGGACUACCAAUCGACCAAUCUACCACUCUAUUCGUUGAUGUAUUAGAUCAGCCAAUUGUAUUUUCUGAAGAUGACAUUUCUAGGAAAGUUGAUCUUAAAAUAACCGUAGAGAAGAAAGAAUACAAAGGUUUGCCUAUCGACGAAUCUACCAACAUGUUCAUGGACGUAUUAGACGAACCUAUGGUCUUUUCAGAUGAGGAAUCCCCUGUUGUAAGCGAAAAAGAGAAUAUUUCUAAAGAACCUACUGUAAAGACCGACAAAGUUGUGGUUGACGACUUUUUGAACACAGAAAUAUCCACGCAUACCGAUCAAGAUAAUAAAAAAGAUACAUUCGUAAUUACUGAAACCACAUCAAUCGUUCAAACGGAGGUAGAAAACGAACCAGUUGUAGUAAAGAAACAGGAAUACAAAGGUUUGCCUAUCGACGAAUCUACCAACCUAUUUAUGGACGUUUUAGACGAACCUAUGGUCUUCUCAGAUGAGGAAUGCCCCGUUGUAAGCGAAAAAGGGAAUAUUUCAGAAGAACCGAGUGUAAAGACCGACAAACUUGUGGUUGACGACUUUUUGAACACAGAAAUAUCCACACAUACCGAUCGAGAUAAGAAAAAAGAUACAUUCGUAGUUACUGAAACCACAUCAAUCGUUCAAACUGAAGUAGAAAAAGAACCGAUUGUAGUAAAGAAACAGGAAUACAAAGGUUUGCCCAUCGACGAGUCUACCAAUCUAUUUAUGGAUGUAUUAGACGAACCUAUGGUCUUUUCGGAUGAGGAAUGCCCCGUUGUAAGCGAAAAAGAGAAUAUUUCUGAAGAACCGUCAGUAAAGACUGACAAAGUUGUGGUUGAUGACUUUUUGAACACAGAAAUAUCAACGCAUACCGAUCAAGACAAUAAAAAAGAUACAUUCGUAAUUACUGAAACCACCUCAAUCGUUCAAACGGAAGUAGAAAAAGAACCGACUGUAGUAAAGAAACAAGAAUACAAAGGUUUACCUAUUGAUGAGUCUAGCACUUUGUUUAUUGAUAUAUUAGAUGAGCCUAUUCAGGUUUCUGACGAAGAAGAUGAAAGUCAAACAGUGCCACCAAGUGAUACUGUAUCACUUUCAGAAAUUCAGCAUAAGACUGAUCUUAAAAAAGAUGAGAACACAAAUCAAGAAACAGCAGAAGCUCUUGAUGUUAACACCACAUUUAUAGAAGUAGAGAAGUCUGUAACAACAAAACAAGAUAAAGCUCAAACCAAAGAAGACAUAUUACAAAAAAUCCCAACUGAACACAUCUGUAUUGACGUAACUCUUGAAAAAAUAGAAACACCUACAGUAAAAUUGGAGGAUAAUUUAGCUGCAGACACAUUCACAACAGUAGUGUACGAUGUAGUUGGUCAAAAUAAGGCAGAAGCGACUUAUAUACUAGAAAAAGAAGAAACGAAAUUACCAGAGGUAGAUCAAGAAACUGCAGAGACAAAAAAUUUGGAAGAUUUCCUGACUUUAGAUCAAUUUACUAUUAUGAAAUACGAUAUAAUCUGUCAAAACAAACUAGAAGCAGAAUAUUUUAUAAACAAACAGAAAGCUUUAAUUACAAAAGAAGAAACACCAAAUGCAGAAAGUGAAGACAUUGUACCAGAAGAAAAAGAAGACUCUCCAAAUGUAGAAAAAAUCGAAAUAGAAAAUUCAUUAGUUCUAGAUGAAUUUGCAACCGUUAAAUAUGACGUCAUUCAACAAAACAAAAUUGAGGGAGAAUAUGUAACAAGACAGGAAAAACCAAAACCAUCUGAAGUUGUUGAAGUAAUAGAAACAAAUAUUAUUCAGGAGCCGUCGGUGUCUGAUCUUAAAAUUACUGUUGACGAAACUGUUUACCAGUAUGAUGUGAUAGGAAUGCGCAAUGAGGAAACCAAAUAUUAUGAGUUACUGUCUAAACAAAUUACUGAUAAGAAACCCAGUGAAAUUACCGAAAAGUCAGAAAACAAUCCAGUUCUAGAACUAGAAGAUAGCUCGAAGUAUGAUCUAAGACAGCUGCUUCAAGCUGAAAUCGCAUGGUAUGAACGAAAAGCACAAGAAGAUAAGAUCAUAUCUGAGACACUUGCUGUUGAAGAAAAUGUUGUAGAAACGAAACCAACCACUGGACAUGUAGAAGUCUCAAUCAAAGAAUCUGAAAUCACGACAAUUGUUCAAGAGAUAGAUUUGGAAAAUAUAGAACAAACACCUAAAGAAAUUGACGCUGCUUUACAAAACCAAAUAGCACUAGAAGAAACUGAAGUAAAACCUGUAGAUAUUCCUCUUAAAAAAGAAGAUGAGAAUAAAAUGGAAGUUGAUAGAAAGUUCUUAACAGAAGUAAGUGAUAAACAUGACCUAGUAGAAACUAGUGAAACUGCUGUUGAGACUAACGUAGAAAGUGUUGAAGUAUCCGAAUCUGUAGACAUUCCUGCGAAAAAGGAAGUUCAGACUAAAGUUGCAGUAGAACCCACAGACAUCUCUUUGCAAACGGAGCACAAGAAUAUUGUGAAAGUUGAGACUGAAACUCUUACAGAAGUAAAGAUACCUAAAAUAGUAGAAACCUUGAUAAAUACUGAACUUGUUCAAAAUGAAGAAUCUAUAAAUGUUGCCUUCGAAGAAAAACCAACAGAGGAAACAAAUAUUAAUAUUAAAUUUAUUGAGAAUGAACAAGUUACCUCUCAGGUCACUGAUUCUGUAAUAAAAACAGACGAAUCUACAAUUUUAGUUUCCUCAAAAGAACCGGAAAUAGAUACAAUUCUAAUAGACCCAGCGAAAGAUAUUGAACAGUCAUCUGAAGUUGAGGAUAAUAUAGUUUCUUCUCAAGAACCAUUUGUAGGAUCAGAGGAAACUGAUGUAGUUCCUCAAUUAGUACGAUCACAUUCACAAUUUGAGGCUAUUGUCGACAAUAUAACAGAAUUUGUUCCUAAAUCAGAACUUUACCAGUCUAAAUCCUCCUACAGUCUAAAUCCAGAUGCUGCAGAAUUUAUACCCAGCUCACGAUCGCAAAUAACCGUACCCGAUACAAAAGACUAUACUCAAGUUUAUGAAGAAGAAGAAGAACUAAGUUGGGAGGGAGGUAAAAGCGAUUCAACGAUGUUCGAUCAAUACGAAUCUACGUACAACUUACCUCCUGCUCAUACUACGAAAUGGGUGACUGAUAUACUUGAGGAUAACGAGGAUAAGAAACGAAAUGAAGAGAGAUUAGAGCAACAAAGAAUGGAAGAAAGCUUGCUUCCUAGAGAUGUAGUUUCAGAACUAAAAGUUGACAAAAUUAGAGAUAUUAUUAGUUCUCAACCAUGGACAGAAACUAUUAGUACAAACUUAGAACAAAGAGUUGAAAUUAUACCUACAGCUCCAGUUGAAAUUAUACCUACAGCUCCAGUCGAAAUUAAACCUCUAAAUAAAUGGGAGAGUUUAGGCGGAGAUAAGACAUACGCAGACAUCGUGGCUGCAAAUCCGCCAGUUAAAUCAAAACGAGAAGAUUCUCCACCAACUAUUAAAGAAAUUGGUACACAAAAAGUGGAAAUCAAAAUAACGGACCUAGAUGAGCCCUUUAAACAAGAAAUACUGGAUAAGCCUACAAUUACAACAGACACUGAAGGUUUUAUGGAAGUUGUUACCAAAAAGGGCAAGAGGUCUAGGUCAAGAUCAAGGUCUCGACAAAGACAACCAAAAGCUUCUGCAGAUUCUUCUCCGGAAUCGAUAGAUGUAGUAAAAACUAUAGUUACUGAAACCAAAGAAACCGUUGCGGAACCGAUUAAAACUGAAGAAAUAUUCGACAAUAAUGCACAACACCCUAGUGUUCUGACUUACGCGAAAAUACUUGUAUCACCAGGUAUUAAACCAAACGAUAAACAUUCUGAAACAUAUAUAAAAGUAGACGAUAAACUUACAAAAGAUAGUUUCAUCGAAACAUCAUCAGAGCCCAAAAAAUAUCCUAUUGAAGAUCCAGUAGAAAAAUUGGAAAGUAAAGGUAAAUCGAAAAAGACUAAAAAGAAAUCCAAGUCUCCAGUUAAAACUGAAAAUAAGGAAGUUGAAGAAAAGCCAAAGCAAAUGUUCACAAUUCCAGAUGAUUCGCAGAACUUACAGAUUGAUAUCGUAGAUGCUGGUCAUGAAGCAAAAGUAGAAAUACAGGAAACUACCGAAGUACAUACAUCUGAAGAUACCAUAGUACACGAAAAAGAACCUGAAGAGACAAUUUUAUUCACUGAGGUAUCAAAGAAGCAGCGACAAGAAUCACCAUCAGCUCAGAUUAAUGCCUUUAUAGAAGCAGAAAGAUGUAUUGAAUUGGAUGUACCUAAAAAGAUAGAUACGGUACAAUUAAAAGAAGUAGAAACACCUGUUGACACGGUUGAUCAGGUUACUAAUAAUACUACAAUAUCAUAUGCUAAAAUAUUAUCCAGUCAACAUGAAAAACCACCAACUAAACCAGAAGUUAAAUUGAAUGAAACAUCGCCUAAGAGAGUUACUGUGACAACUGAAGUAGUUAAGAAAAUAGAACCAGUUCAUACAGAAGAAAUCAAGUCCGAUAUUGAUCAGCAUUUAACAAUUGAGAAGAAAUCUAGAAAGUCUAGAAAACGAUCAAGAACUCCAAAGCAUAAUAUUGAAGUUCAAGAGGAUAAGCCCCAAAUUCAUGAAAUAGUUCAAGAAGAUAUUAAACCUACUGAACUUGUAGAACAGCCUCAAAUAAGUCCUACUGAUAACAAUGUUUCGUCCUAUGCUAAAAUUUUAUCAACCCAUCUCAUAAAACCAAGUUCCAAACCUGAAGUUACAAUAAUUGAAACAAUAUCUUCAGAAACUACAAACGUCGUAGAAGAAAUUGAACAACCUGUAGUUACAGAAGAUACAUCGGUUAAUGUAGUAGUAGAUAAUUUGGAAGUUGAAAAGAAAACUAGAAAAUCUAGGAAACGGUCAAGAACUCCUAAAUCAACGAAUGAAGCCGAGCAAGAGACCAUUGAUAAGUCUGAAAAAGUAGAGGAAGUAAAUACCAAACAUGAUGCUGAGGAAUCAAAUAAUGUGCCUGUUAAUACGUCUUAUGCUAAAAUUUUAGCAACCCACCAAGUUAAAACUACAGCAAUACCUUCCCUAGAAGUGACAGAAUCCUCACACAAAGAUAUUACCGUCGAAGAAUCCGAACUUGUAGAGCCAACUGUACCCACAGAAAUUAAAGCAGAUGUAGACAAACAAUUAAAAGUUGAACAAAAAUCAAGAAAGUCUAGAAAACGAUCCAAAACUCCUAAAGAAAAAUCCGAAGAAGACAAAAUUGAACAUAUUGAACCAGUUAAACAAGAAGAAAAGAAGCCUGACUUAAUUGAACAUCUAGAAGUUGAAAAGAAAUCUAAAAAAUCUAGAAAAAGAUCAAGAACACCUAAGCCAACGGAUGAACCCAAACAAGAAAUUUCACAUGCUGAAGAAAUACUGAUAUCUAGCAAUAAGCCUGAGCUUCAAGAGCCUGUAAAUAUUUCUGCAGAUCAAAUUCACAUUAAAACUAGUUUCCAUCACUUAACUUACGCAGAUGUUGCUAAAACUGGAAGAAGUAGAGAAUCCUCACCACACCCAAGAGCCUUUAGUGAAAUAGAUACUAGUAAAAUUCAAUACGUGCCAAGAGAUGACUCCCCUGAAGCCAAACCAGUAGAUGAAGAAGAAGUAGUCGAAUCAAAAGAAUUUUUACCUAAAACAAAAGAACCAAAGAAGAUUUCUCAAAGAGAUAAUAUCGAAAUCAGUACAUUUAUCGAAGAAGAAAGAUCGGCUAUAUUAAAGGAAAAUGAUCAUGUCAUCGAUAGUUCUUGGGUCGUAAUUGAAGAACGAGAACUUGGUGAUAUACCAGAAGUAAUACCUAUCAUUAUUGAACCAGAACAAACAGAUACAAAUACUCCUGAAAAAGACGAACCUACACAGGUUAAACCUGAAGAUAGUAUACUUAAAGAUCAAAUUGAACCUGCAGAGCCUACCAAAAAGCCAAGGAAUCGGUCUAAAUCCAAACGUCAAAAGGCUCAUAAAGAACCAGAAUUACCUGAAACUAGUGAGCAUUCACCACGUGUAUUACCAGCUAUAGCUACUGUUCAAUCUAAUGAACAGCUUGAAGUUAAAUCAAGGUCUCCUAGUAGAACCUAUGCAUCAGUUGUGAAGUCUCACAUAGAAGAAGUUACUCCUGAAUAUAUUCAGUAUACCCAAGUUAUCAGUUCUAUAGAGAAUAAACCCCAAACCGUUGAAAGCAUUACUGAUUCAACAGUUGAAGAAGCUACACAAGAGAUAAUUUCAGAAAAAGUAGUUGAACCGCCCACGAUACAAGAAGUACAUACAACAGAAACGAAAAGUAAGAAAAAGAAAACCAAGAAACAUAAUAUAGCUGCCCAAGAUUCUCCUAAAAUAUCUGUAGAUCAAGAGCCAGUCACUAUUGAUGAGUCGUUAGUAAUACCAGAACCUAGUGAUCAAAUACAAGAAACUACUGUAGUAGAAGUAACUGAGACAGUUAAUAAAGUUUGGCCAUCUAAGGUAGAAACGGUAAAAUUAGAAAAACAACCAGAUUCUUCCAUAGAAUUGGAAGCCAACAUAUCUACGAUCGAAAAACCGUUUGUUGAAACAAAUAAAGAUGAAGUUGAAACACAAGUUGAUGACGAUAAACCAAUUCCAGUAACUUCAGAAAAACAAGAUCAAAUAGAAUUUGUUGAUAUCGUUAAACCUGUAGAUAUUCAACAAGUAGAGAAAUCUGUUGACCCAGAUUUUAAAUCAGCUUCAAAUAAUCAAGUAAUAAUAACAGGAAUAACAGAAUAUACAAUAACUACAGAAGUACAAUCUAAUAACGAUGGUAAAGAAGACAUUAAUAUAGAAUUUAUUAAAAAAGAAACUAAAGAAAGUGAUUUUGAAAACGUCCAAUUGGUUGAGACAAUUGUAGACUCCACUAUUCCAGAGACUAUAGAAAUAAUUAAGGAUACAAAAGAGAUCUUAGACGUAAAGAAAUCAUCAGAUUCUGAUCAACUUAAAACCCCAGAAAUCAAAGUCAAUGAGGAUGAAGAUCAGAAAACUAAACCUAUUGAAAGUGUUUCAGAGAUACUUAUCGAACCUUUGAAAUCAGCAGAAGCAGAAAAAAUUGUUCCAUCUAAAGAUGAGCAAAAACUUCUAUAUUCAGAAAGGGUUAAACAAAUUUCAAGCCAGUCCCCAUCGAAUAGAGAACAUAUAUUGGAAAAAACUGACAUACCAAUUAGAGCCGAAGAAGAUAGUGUUACUAAAGUUGAAGCUAUCCAAACAAUACAACCGAACGACCAAGAAAAGACUGAACUUCCUAAAGACACGCCAACAAGUGUCACAGAAGAGCCUGUCGAAUCAAAGAAAUCUAAAAAAGGUAAAAAGAAGAAAGAUAUACAACAAGUAGAACCUGAGUCUCUAAAUAUUGAAACACCUGUCAGGGACGUAGAAAAUAAAGAAGUGUCUGUAACAGUUGAAAUUGUUCAAUCAGAUCAAACUGUAGAAACAGAAGAAUCUGAAAUUAAAGCUGAACCUUCUAAAGAAACACCAGAGAAUGUUGUCGAUGUACCGAUAGCAUCGCUUUCGAAGAAAGCUAAGAAACACAAAAAGAAAGAUACCUUACAAACAGAACAAGAUGUAAAACCUGUAUCUGUGCCAAUUACAGUCCAAGAAGAUAAAGAAGAGACAGUUACAGUUGAUACUAUCCAAGCAGUUGAACCUAAAGUAACUGAAGAGGCUAAUGUUACUGAAUUAACUCGAGACUCACCAGAAAACGUAGAUGAGGUACCGUUAUCAAAGAAAUCCAAGAAGAACAAACAGAAGAAUACGGUACAAAAAGAACAAGAUGUUGAUCCUGUAUCUGAACAGAUUGAAAUACCAGUUAUAGUCCAAGAAGAUAAAGAAGAGACAGUUACAGUUGAAAUUAUUCAAGCAGUUGAACCCAAAGGAACGGAAGAGGCUGAUGUUAAGCUUGAAUUACCGCAAGACUCACCAGAAAACGUUGACGAGGUACCGAUAGCAUCGCCCUCAAAGAAAUCUAAGAAGAACAAAAAGAAGAAGGAUACAGUACAAGCAGAACAAGAUUUAGAAGUUGAAUCUGUAAAUAUUGAAGUCCCAACUAAAGUUCAGGAAGAUAAAGAAGACACAGUUACUGUUGAGGUUAUACAAGUUGAUCAGACCGAAGCUAUCAAAGAGGCUGAGGUUACGACUGAAGUAUUGAAGAGUAACAACGUUGUACCAACUGAAACUCAAUCGAAAAAGUCUAAGAAAAACAAAAAGAAGAAAGAUGACACUAAGACAAAAGACGAUACACAAUCUGAUAUUGGUUUGGUGUCAAUUGAAUCAGAAGAGAAAUGUACCAUCAUAGAAGAACCAACCAAAUUGCACAAAAUUGAAGUAAUACGAUCAGUUGAGCCUCAAGAGCAAAUAACUACUGACGAGAAGGUACAAGAUGUUAAAAAACUUACAUACUCAGAUAUCGUUAGAGAAGAACAUAUAGAACCAAAGACAGAUACUUUAAAACCAGAAGUUAACCAGGAAACUGAAAUUACAUUACCUAAAGAUAUUAAAGAUUCAGUUAAGAUAACUGAAGAAAUUGUGGUUCAGACUGAUCUAUCCCAAGAUGAUAAACAUGUGUAUUCAGAAAACGAUAAUGAGAAAUUGAUGGAAUCUGUGCCAAAGAAAUCUAAGAAAAACAAAAAGAAGAAAGGUAUUGUGGAAGUAGAACCUGAUACUACUGUAUCCAAAGAUAUUGAAGAACCAAUCAAAAUCGACACUGAGGAAGUCAUUGAGGCUAUUAAAACUGAAGCAAUUAAAGAAACUGAGGUUGAAGUUGAAGCUGCCACAGAUGAGAAAAACAUAGUUUUGCCAGAAAGUGUUAAAGAAGCUCAUGCUGAAUCCCCAUCAAAGAAGUCUAAGAAAAACAAAAAGAAGAAAGAUCCUACUCAAAUAGUACAAGUUGUACAAUCUGAGGUUACUCCGAGCUCAAGUGCAAUAGAACAAGUGAUACAAUCUGAGGUUACUUCUAACUUUAAUGAACCAGAACAAGUUUUGCAAUCUGAGGUUACUCCUAGCUCAAGUGAACCAGAACAAGUUUUGCAAUCUGAAGUAACUCUUAGCUCAAGUGAAAGUGAUAUAAAUACUGAAAUCGUUCGUGAAGUGAGAAUUACUACUACAGAAACGCCUACACAAACUGAAAGAACAGAAGAACAUAUUUAUGUUACCUCUGACGUUAAAAAAGAAGAAGAACUGACACCACAACAAGAAUCUGAAUUGUUUAAAGUUGAGACUUGUGUUAGUGAAGAAGUUGUGGAUCAAAAUGAGUUAAAUAAACGAGCAGUUCAACAAUUUUUAGAAGAUGCUAAGUUAUACGACCAGUCUGUUUUGAAAGAAACAAUUGACACAUCUAGGAAAGUAGUUGAAGAAUUUUUAGAUGAUGCAGUGAAAUAUGAUGAAGCUUAUUUACAACAAAAUGAAACCAUUGAAUCGAAUGAUACGUUUAUGUCGGCUCAAUCUACUCCUUCAAAAUCUCCCAAAAAGAAAGAAAAGAAGUCCAAGUUUGAGUCUGAGGAAUCUAAGAAACCUGGAUUUAUAAAAUCAUUAGUAACAACUGUAGUUAGUAAGAUCACUAGAAAAUCUAGUCACUCUCAGGACGUAGAUGAAGACAUCGUAGGCCCCCAACCUUUAGAUUCAGACUCUUUAAAUACGCUUAUAAAUAAUUUAUUACUAGACGAUGGUUUUUGGCUAACAAAGAAAAUAUAUGAUGAAGCCGAAGAAAAUUGGCAAUUGGAGUUAGCGAUGCAACGAAAAGAACAAGGUUCUGGUGACGCUGUGGUUCUACCAAGUGGCCCACCAGAUGACGACGGUGGUUCUGACGGUUCUAGCGGUAGAAGCUCGCCUCGUAAUCAAUCUGGAGAAUCUUUCGGUAGAACACUACCCAACUCUGAGUAUAUGAUGUACAGCUUACCCGGCGGUAUAGCUGGCUGGAAAGAACAAAGUACUUACUUACCUCCGGAACCUUUAAUCGAGAGUAACACUCUAGUAACUUCGGUCGGUGCCACUGAACCCCUACCCGAUACCUCCUCUUUAGGGCCUCACAUGCAGCCAACGAAGUCGACGACUCUAGAUGGAUCCGGCGAUGACAGACAUCUCAAAAAGGAGUACACAGACGAAGUCCAACUACUUCAAAAAUCUUUGGAUACUACAGAAGGGACCAUCGAGGCUCUUCCUUUGGAAAGCUUCGAGGACAUGAUUGCAGCUCUAGAGACUGUCACUAGUAAUUUGAAGAAACAUGCAACUGAAGCGAUACGACUUGAAGGACAAGUCAACUCGCUGACUGCAGACCACGAAACCCAAGCCUUAGCUGCCCAAUUGGCAGGCAUUCGAACGCGCAUCGCUACAUUAUUGUCACAAGCUGAACACGGAAGACUUUUAGUAGUGAAUGCACAAGAAACCCAACAGAAGAAAAAACAGGAAGUCACCAAGUACCAGGAACUAUUGAUAGAGAUCCAAACUUGGCUGGAAAUUACAAGGACCAAAAUCGAGACCUAUUUAAUUAAACCCCAAAACGAAACCCAAGCUGAAGAUUAUAUAAACAACCUCGAAGCUUUACAAAUAGAAAUUUUGCAGAGAGAACAAAAGCUUGAGGAACUCAAAACCGAAUGUGAAAAAUUCAAAAGCUACCCAGAUUUACAGCCUCUGGUUAAAACUUUACUAGAACAACUUGAAACUGUUAUUACAAUCUUUGAGGAACAAAAAAUAAUAAUAAUCACUAGACUCGAAACAACACGAACUAUUUUAACACAAAUAAAAGAAAGUAGACUUAAACUUGAAACCCCUGAUGUUUCUCUUGAAAACACAUUAGAUUCAACGUCUAUGCCAAUAGAAGAAGCUCCUGUUACUGUUGAAACAAAACACGUAACUCAGGAAACAGUUAAAGAAAUUGUUCCUAAGCCAGUAGCUUCUAUUGAAACCCAAACAGGUCGAAGUUUAUCUUCUCCUGUAGAAGAACCAUUAACUAAAGAUUUUACUGUAACGUACAACCAGCCUGUUGAUGUUCAAAUACAAACCAUGUCUCAGCCUGAAAGUGAAGUUGAGCAUGCUCAAACAAAGGAGACCAUAACUAUUUCCAAGAAGUCUUCUGGAGGUCAAGAAACCAUCCAGAUUGCUACAAAGCCUGUUACAGAUCCUCAGCCGAUUAUUGAAGAACCGGAUGAUCUUCUGGUCGAAGCCGAUUACAGAAGGAGACCUCAAUCUGAAACUAGAACCACAGAAUUGAACAUAACAAAUGUCCAACCAAAUCAACCGUUUGAAACUGUAUUUGUCGAACCAGAUGAAACCACGACAGAGGUGAUUGUUGAUGCUGAUGGUACCAAGAGGAUAAUAGUAAAGAAACUGCAUAGAACUGUUGUCAGACAUCAACAGUCUUCCCAACAUCAACAAUUCUCUACGCUUAGUACCCUAACAGAGGGAGGAGUACCUGUGACACAAUCUUUCUCUCAAAUUACAUUAACUGGACAACAGAGUGCUACUUCAGUUGCUAAAGGCGAUGGAAGCAAAGCCACAGUUAGCAGCCAAAAGUAUGGUGGUCGAGUUGUAUCCGGAGCUCCAGGAGGAGAUAUCAAUAUCCAGGAAUAUGAAACGGAACCAGAAACUCACUUCUCAGCAACAGGCCCCACUUUUAAACCAGAAGAAGUGGAAGUACAAGGUGUUAAGCUACAUGAAGGAGAUAUUACUUUUGUAGAUGGUCAGAAUAACCAGUUAAUUCCAGCUGGUUCCUCACAAGUUGUGCUUGAAGGGAAUGAAAUCCAUACUUCCAGUUCAAGCGUCAGAGCAGUCGUACAGCAAGUAACUAGAAGAAUUAUUAGAAAAACACGUAGAAUCAUACGACGAACAGUUAUUAUAGACGGAAAAGAGCAUGUUCAAGAAGAAGUCAUCGAAGAACCUGAAGAAAUUGAGGUAACUGAAGAGGGUAUACCUAGAGUAAGCAUCAACGUAGUAAGAACUGAAAACGGCAACGUUGUGCAACAACAACAGUUUGGUGAACAACCGAUAGUAGAAGAACCAGAUGUUGUUGUAACUAAAAAGGUAACUACAGUGACUUUAGAUGCUCAAGGAAGACCAAUAGAUGCUUUACCUGAAGAUGUUACUGUCGUCACACAACCAAUGGAACAAGAAAUUACUAUAACUGAAUUAAAGCAAACACAGACAGAUGAGAAAGAACCUACUGCACCGACUGUAAUAACAGACACAGAAGUCGAAGACCAAAUUCGUAUUUCAUCUAUUGACUCAACAUCAAAACCAAAGACUGAAGUUCAUUCAACUGAAAAAGUUUCCGGAAUCACUGCAGAACAACCAGAAGAAUCGGUCCUUGUUAAAGGAACCGAAGAGAGGUAUGUGAUAACUCAAAGCACUGCACCACAGCCUGAUAAUGCACAAGUCACUGAAUUUGUAAAAACAACUGCAAUAAAACCAGUUCCUUUGGUAUCCGAUUUCUUAGAUAAUGAAAGGCUUGCUCAUAGUGAAAUUAAAAGUAGUCAAAUUGAUAUCGCACCUAGUGUCGACGCAGCACGUAUUGAUGAAGACAAAAAGACUCCAGAUGACGAGUCUAUUAAACAACAAGCAGUUAAAUAUGAUAUUUCACUUACUACAGGCGAACUCCAUCCUACUGAACAAAAAGAGUCUCCGUCUACUGAAUCUAUUGAAGCUGAUAUGCCUCCUUCACAUUCAGUAGGUCAUUUUGCAGGGGCAAUACUAGAAGAACUGAACAACAUUGUUAGAACCGUGGAAGCAGCUGUACCUCCACCAAAAGAGGUAACCAAAAUUAAAGUAAAAUCUCCAGAUGACAAGAAAGACCAACGUCAAAGUGUAAGUGAACACACCGUUACAGUCACAGACAUUAGACCUUCAUCUGUAAUUGUCAAACAAGAAACAAUUACGGACGAUACUGACAAUGUUGUUGUUGUUUCUCCCAUAGAAGUCGAAAUACCCACACAGGUUGCAAAGGUAACCGACGAUGUCAUUGAUAAAACUCCACCAAUUGAAGUUGAACCAGAGACUGAUUUACAUUCACCGAGUGCCCCUCCAUUGGAGGAAUUAUCAGAUAGUGGUUCCACUGAACGUCAUCUUUCGCAACAGUUCAUUCUCACAGAACAACAGCACCAUGGUUCCGUUGUUCAAGAAGUAAAGAAAUCUCCAAAGACCAAAAAGAAAAGAGAAUUUGGAAAAACUAAAAAGGUAUCUGGUACCCCUAGAACACAGAGUCCUAUUACACCGGCUGAUGAUGUAUUUGAACAAGAAACUGAAAAAGUAUCUCCAGGUAUUACCUCCAAUGAGAUUGUAGAGGUUGCUCAAACAGUUCCUAAAGAAGUUAUUCAAGGAACAACACCACCGUUUGGUAUUAUAAAGAUACAAGAAACAGAAGCAGUAACAUCUGUGACUAGAGAAGUUGGAGGAAAUGUAGAAGUAGCUUUAUCUCUCGAAGAAACGAAACCAGAGAUUACUAUUGUUCGUCAACAAACACAGAUAGUUCAGGAGAAGACUCGGCCCACGAGUGCCAGUUUAGACUUUAUCGAAAACGAAAAGCAAUUAAGUGGAGUAAAGAUAUCACAUGAAAAACCUGAAUCUCAAAUAGAACCAAUCCAACCUUUAGAAGUAGAAACAGUUUCUAGUAAAUCGGAUGCUUUAAUUGUUAAGACUGAAGAAAAGAACAUACAUAAAUCUUCUCCGGUGCCAGCUCAAGAAAGUGAAGUGAUAAUAACAGAAUCUAUUCCUGCUCCAGUGCAAGAAAGCAAAGUAGUAAUAACAGAAACUAUUACUGCAGCAGUACAAGAAAGCAAAGUGUUAGUACCAGAAUCUAUUUCUCCACCAGUAAAAGAAAGCAAAGUAGUGGUACCAGAAUCUAUUUCUCCACCAGUAAAAGAAAGCAAAGUAGUGGUACCAGAAUCUAUUUCUCCACCAGUAAAAGAAAGCAAAGUGGUAGUACCAGAAUCUAUUUCUCCAUCAGUACAAGAAAACAAAUGGUAA